GGAGAAGACAUCACUGGGUGGCUUUUAGAUGUCCCAAAGGCCUUCAUGAAGCCGUUGAUCAUCAAGGACAACCUUCCCUCCCACAAAAUGUAAACUUCUUGAAGGAACUGAUAGCUUUUUCUUUUUGUCUUCUGUUUUAAUUUAGCUUGUCUCUCUGUAAACUGUUUGACGUUGGUAAUGAAAAAUGGAAAUGGCAAAUGGCCUCAAACUAUCAGGAGUAUAUCCACUAAAUGCAGCUGUAAGAAACAGACUUAACUGCCACUUACUUUGAUGUUCUGCACUGUUCUCAUUCCUGGAUGUGUAGGGAUAAAUAUGUUACAGUCAUUUUUAGCUUGUAUUAAGUAACAUUUCCCACCUUUCAUCCAAAAUAUCUGAAUUUACUCUAGGAAGAUUCCUCCCCCCCCCAAAAAAAAGGUAAGUUUGCCAUGAGAGAAAGAGGAAGAUCACAAACAGCAGAAUGCAUGAAUAACAUUACUUGGCAAAGGCAUGAUUUAGAAAUGGUUGUGACUAAAUUGUGGGGGUUAACAGUAAGUGUGCAAGAGCUUUGGGAAACAAAUCACCUGUUAAUCACAGACAUUCCAUGGCAGACAAAUGAGUGUGGAAAUGAUUCCCUGUAGACAGAAAAACCCACCUGACAUUCUGCCUUCCAACAUUUUACAGAUAAAAAUAAAGAUCUUGUAACCUUUAUUCUGUUUUCAAGGACUUUGCAAGCACCAUCCAACCAACUAUGGCACACUGUGGAAGGAUUCACCACCUGCUACACCGACUUCUUUAAG